AUGAGUCACUCUUCAAAAUCCGACAACGCCGCGAAUGCCAAACAGGGUGCUUUUAAUCCCUCCGCCCCUCGCGGAGAGCCAAUGACCACCAAAGGUCAUCAACUCGGCCGCAAAAUCACUGAGGCUGACCAGCACCCCGAAUACCACGCGCAGCCAUUCCGUACCGGGACAGCCCCAGCAAGCAACUCCUAUACCCCCAACCCCGUUUCCUCAAUCCCUGGCCAAGCCCACAACCCCAAUGUGAGCGCGGGACAAGAAGAUGAAGUCGCCACCUACACAUCGGCCGCGGAUACAUUACUAGGAGCCACCUCGGGUGAUGUGAACCGCGGCCUGGGGACGCCGAUGCAGGGUCAGACCAUCGCUGAGAUCAGACAUAACGGUGCCCAUGGCCGCAAGAAGCAACCCUCCGGCCUGGAAGGUAUUGGCUCCUCUAUGCAAGAACAUGAUAGCGGAGGUGGCGGCCAGUUUGCGGACCAGCGUCGCCUCGAGCGAGAAUAG